AUGGAGGCUUGUCUGAACGAGGAGCUGCCUCCCACAACAGAGCUGGAAGAAGGAUUGAGAAAUGGAGUCUACCUGGCCAAACUUGGAAACUUCUUCUCCCCUAAAGUGGUUUCUGUGAAGAAAAUUUAUGAUAGGGAACAGACUAGAUACAAGGCAACUGGUCUCCACUUCCGGCACACAGAUAAUGUAAUCCAGUGGCUGAAUGCCAUGGCUGAGAUUGGCCUCCCCAAGAUAUUCUACCCGGAAACUACAGAUAUCUAUGAUCGCAAGAACAUGCCACGCUGUAUCUAUUGUAUUCAUGCACUCAGCCUAUACCUGUUCAAACUGGGUCUUGCCCCCCAGAUUCAGGAUUUAUUUGGGAAGGUGGACUUCACAGAGGAGGAAAUCAGUAAUAUGAGGCUUGAACUGGAGAAGUAUGGUAUUCAGAUGCCUGCCUUCAGUAAAAUUGGAGGAAUUCUUGCAAAUGAACUUUCUGUGGAUGAAGCAGCAUUACAUGCUGCUGUCAUUGCCAUUAAUGAAGCAAUCGACCAUCAGGUUCCAACUGACACUCUUAUGGCAAUGAAGAACCCUAAUGCCAUGCUAAUAAAUCUUGAUGAUCAACUGGAAUCCACUUACCAAGACACACUUUACAGAGCAAAGCAAGACAAGAUGGAGAAUGCUAAAAAUAGGAAUUCAUAAAAUUCAGAAAGAGAGAGAGAUGUGUAUGAAGAACUUCUGACUCAAGCUGAGAUUCAGGGAAACAUCAAUAAAGUGAACAGACUGGCAGCAGUAGCCAAAAUUAAUUCUGCAAUUCGAAUGGGUGAUGCUGAGAAGACUGUGGCAGAAAUGAUGAAUCCAGAGGCCCAGUUACCAGAGGUUUAUGCAUUUGCUGCAGAUCUUUACCAAAGGGAGCUGGCCACUUUGCAGCAACAGAGCCCUGAAGGUAACCUCACGCAUCCAGAAUUAUCUGUUGCUGUAGAGAUGCUGUCUUCUGUGGCCCUGAUUAAUAGGGCUUUGGAUUCGGGGGAUGUGAAUACAGUGUGGAAACAACUGAGCAGUCCUGUCACAGGGCUUACAAACAUUGAAGAUGAGAACUCUCAGAGAUAUGUUGAUGAUCUGAUGAAGCUGAAAGCUCAAACACGUGCAGAAGGAAAUGAAUUUAUCACGUGGAAUGAUAUCCAGUCAUGUGUUGAUCGUGUGAACAUAGUUGUGCAUGAAGAACAUGAAAGGAUUUUGGCAAUUGGUCUUAUCAAUGAAGCUCUGGAUGAAGGGGACACCAAAAAGACUAUUCAAGCCUUACAGAUUCCUGCAGCAAAAUUGGAGGGUGUAGCCCCAAAGGUAGCACAGCAUUACCAGGAUACACUACUUCGAGCCAAGAGAGAGAAAGCACAGGACACACAGGAUGAAACAGCUGUACUUUGGCUAGAUGAAAUUCAGGAUGGGAUUCACAGGGCUAACAAGGACACAGAGGAGUCCGAGAGAUUCUCCUUAGGAGUUCUGGCGAUUAAUGAAGCAGUAGACCAUGGUGAUGUUAGCCAGACCCUGAGUGCCUUGCGUUCACCGGAUGUUGGACUAUAUGGAGUCACUCCAGAAUGUGCUGAGACGUACCAGCGAGAGCUGUCAGAAGUCAAGAGAGGAAAAAUGGCAGCAGGGGGCAAUGACAGUGAAUGGGUGAAACACUGGGUGAGAGGAGGCUAUCAUUAUUAUCAUAACCUGCGGACCAAAGAGGGAGGAUGGGAUGAACCAGCAGAAUUUGUGCAAAAUGACACACAGCUGUCACGGGAGGAGAUACAGAGCACCAUAUCAGGAGUCACUGCAGCAUACAACCGAGAGCAGUUGUGGCUGGCCAAUGAGAACCUGAUUAUGAAACUUCAGGCUUGUUGUCGAGGAUAUCUUAUUCGCCAGGAAUUCAACUCAAGAAUGAAUUUUUUGAAGAAACAAGUCCCAGCAAUCACUUGCAUUCAGUCCCAGUGGCGUGGAUACAAGCAGAGGAAGGCAUAUCAAAUCCGUUUGGAUUACCUGCGAGCACAAAAGGACCAAGUAGUGAAGAUUCAAUCAAUGACCAGGAUGUAUCAAGCCAGAAGACGUUACAGAGAUCGUCUGCAGUAUUUCAGAAACCAUAUAAAUGAUGUUAUAAAAAUUCAAGCCUUUAUCCGAGCAAACAAAGCACGAGAAGACUACAAAACCCUCAUUAAUGCUAAAAACCCACCUAUGGCUGUAGUUCGGAAAUUUGUCCACUUGCUCGAUCAGAGUGACCAAGAUUUUCAGGAGGAACUUGAGCUAAUGAAACUGCGCGAGGAAGUUGUAACCUUGAUCCGAUCCAAUCAGCAACUGGAAAAUGACCUCAAUCUCAUGGACAUCAAAAUUGGGCUGCUAGUGAAAAACAAAAUUACAUUGCAGGAUGUUGUUUCUCAUAGCAAAAAACUUACCAAGAAGAACAAGGAACAGCUCUCUGACAUGAUGAUGCUGAACAAACAAAGGGGAGGCUUGAAAGCUUUGAGCAAAGAGAAGAGAGAGAAGCUGGAAGCCUAUCAGCAUCUGUUCUACUUACUUCAGACUAACCCAACCUACUUGGCCAAGCUGAUUUUUCAGAUGCCUCAAAACAAAUCCACAAAGUUCAUGGAUUCUGUCAUCUUCACGCUGUAUAACUAUGCAUCCAAUCAAAGAGAGGAAUACCUGUUGUUGCGGCUUUUCCAAACAGCAUUGCAGGAAGAGAUCAAAUCAAAAGUAGACCAAAUACAUGAAAUUGUGACUGGGAACCCUACUGUUAUUAAAAUGGUGGUAAGUUUCAACCGUGGUGCCCGUGGUCAGAAUGCCCUGAGACAGAUCUUGGCACCAGUUGUGAAGGAAAUCAUCGAUGACAAAUCACUCAAUAUCAAAACUGAUCCAGUGGAUAUUUACAAGUCUUGGGUUAACCAGAUGGAGUCUCAGACCGGUGAGGCCAGCAAACUGCCAUACGAUGUUACACCUGAACAAGCUCUAAAUCACGAAGAGGUGAGGACGCGCCUGGAUGUGUCAAUCAGAAACAUGAGGACAGUGACAGACAAGUUCCUGUCUGCUAUUGUUAGUUCAGUGGACAAAAUCCCUUACGGAAUGCGUUUCAUUGCCAAGGUACUAAAAGACUCCCUGCAUGAGAAGUUUCCUGAUGCUGGCGAGGAUGAACUUCUGAAGAUUGUUGGCAACUUACUCUAUUAUCGCUACAUGAAUCCAGCCAUUGUCGCACCAGAUGCAUUUGACAUCAUUGAUCUUUCAGCUGGAGGUCAGCUGACCACAGAUCAACGCAGAAACCUUGGCUCCAUUGCAAAGAUGUUGCAGCAUGCUGCAUCCAAUAAGAUGUUCAUGGGAGACAAUGCACACCUAAGCGUCAUUAAUGAAUACCUAUCGCAGUCACACCAGAAAUUCAGACGUUUUUUUCAGGCUGCCUGUGAGGUUCCUGAAUUGCAGGAUAAAUUUAAUAUUGAUGAAUAUUCUGACUUGGUGACUGUCACUAAACCAGUUAUUUAUAUUUCCAUUGGUGAAAUCAUCAAUACACACACUUUGCUCUUAGACCAUCAAGAUGCAAUUGCUCCUGAGCACAAUGAUCCAAUUCAUGAGCUGCUGGACGAUCUCGGAGAGGUUCCUACAAUUGAGUCCUUAAUAGGGGAAGGGUCUGGCAAUGUUAAUGAUCCCAACAGGGAAAUGCUAGCGAAGACUGAGGUUUCUCUCACACUUACUAAUAAAUUUGAUGUUCCUGGUGAUGAGAAUGCAGAGAUGGAUGCGAGGACAAUUCUGUUGAACACAAAACGUUUAAUUGUUGAUGUAAUCCGCUUCCAACCAGGGGAGACGCUGACUGAAAUCCUGGAAACUCCAGCUACCUCAGAGCAAGAAGCAGAGCAUCAAAGAGCUAUGCAGAAACGGGCCAUUCGUGAUGCUAAAACUCCUGAUAAGAUGAAAAAAUCUGUGUCUGUAAAGGAAGAUGGCAACUUAAAUCUUCAAGAAAAAAAAGAGAAAAUCAAGACAGGCCUGAAGAAAUUGACAGAACUGGGGACAGUGAACGCAAAAAAUAAAUACCAGGAACUAAUCAAUGACAUCGCAAAGGAUAUCCGAAAUCAGCGUAGAUACCGUCAGAGAAGAAAGGCAGAGCUGGUGAAGCUGCAGCAGACAUACAGUGCCUUGAACUCCAAAGCUACUUUUUAUGGGGAACAAGUGGAUUAUUACAAAAGCUACAUCAAAACCUGCUUGGAUAACCUGGCCAGCAAGGGCAAGUAAGUAUCUCGGAACCGUGCUGUGGCCCUAGAAAAACCUCGGGAGAUGAAAGGCAAAAACAGUAAAAAGAUUUCUCUAAAAUAUACAGCAGCUCGACUUCAUGAGAAGGGAGUGCUUUUAGAGAUUGAGGACCUGCAAGUUAACCAGUUUAAAAAUGUGAUAUUUGAAAUCAGUCCAACAGAAGAAGUAGGAGAUUUCGAGGUAAAAGCAAAAUUCAUGGGGGUACAGAUGGAAACCUUUAUGUUACAUUAUCAGGAUCUUUUGCAGCUGCAGUAUGAAGGUGUUGCGGUCAUGAAGUUGUUCGACAGAGCAAAAGUGAAUGUUAACCUUCUGAUCUUUCUUCUGAAUAAGAAAUUUUAUGGGAAGUAA